AUGCGUGCCCUAUGCCUCCUCCUCGCCGCCGGCCAAGCCGCCGCCACGGUGCACCUGUGCGGCGACAGCACCAUGGCCCGCGGCAACGCGUCAUCGACGGGUGGGGCCACGCGCUCCUUUACGCGCGAGGGUCGCUUCGACGAGGUGCUCGGCCAGGUCCAGAACGGCGAUUGGGUCGUCAUCGAGUUUGGCCACAACGACGGCGGUUCGCUGAGCAGCGAUAACGGACGCUCGGCGUGCUUUGGCGACGGGGAGGAGACGUGCCAGACGACGUAUAACGGCGUCGCGGAGACGGUCCACACGUUCCCCUGGUACCUCAAGCAGGCGUCCACCAAAUUCCUCGCCAAGGGCGCCAAGGUCAUCCUCUCCGAAACCACCCCCAACAACCCCUGGGAGGGCGGCUCUUUCUCUUGGGGCCCCUCGCGCUUCUUCUACUACACCUGGCUCGCGUCCGCCCAACUCGGCGGGCCCGACGCCGGCGCCGGCGCUGCCGUUGUCAACGCCGGGUUCCCCCAGGACCACACCCACACCGGCCCCGCCAUGGCCGACAUGGUCUCGCAGUCCUUCGUGCUCGGCUUGGCCUGCGGCACCAGCGCCCUCGCGUCCAACGUCAAGAACUCGACCGCCGACUUGACCUCGGGCGUGCUCGGACCUUGCAUCAGCUCGUAUAACUCCACUGUUGUCGAGCUCUUGAGGUAG